AAUACUGCCCUAAGUUAAUCUUAAGUGUCAUUAAUCCUUUUUAUUUUUGAAUUUUACGUUCCCGCAAAACAAACAGAUGUAUUUGAACUUCAAACUAGAUAAGGUCAUUCUUUGUCCACUCAUUGGACAGUAGUUUUUUCUGUUCAUCUUAACAUCUGUCAAAAGCAUCUGUAUCACGGAGCUGUGAAAGCAUCUGUUGCUCAGAAAGGCCUGACAUGGAGCAAACAUUUCUACGAAGCGCUAUAUCUGAGGUCCUGCCUGACCUUUCUGAGGCAUGUGAGGACAUUCUAGAAGAGCACUUACAAUCCCUUGGGGUUGAGACAUCUGAUGACUUCCAGUUCAUCGAGGAAGGAGAUUUGCUGUCAGCGUUGAGGCCCAUUCAGGCCAGAAAACUACUUGCUGCUUGGAAGCUAAGAUGCCUGACUCCUGAAACAAGCAGCUCAUCUGCUGUUGCGUCACCAAGAUCUCCCAUAUCAUUGGAGUCUAAUUCACCCAGAAAUUCAUCUUCAACCUCUGACAACUGCCAAAGUCGUGAUGUAGACUGGGUGGAUACCUUCAUGGUACCUUGGGAUAAGUUCCCAGAGGAACUUUUGCAGUCGUUGGAGAGAGGGAAACGACCAAAUCCACGAAUGAGGCGCGAGAUGGUCCGAAUCGUGGUCUCUGUGAUGAUGCAAAAAAGGUCUUCCAUAAAUAAAAGGAGUGCUACCGAAGUUGCAAAAAAGAUGGUAGCAAAAUAUCCCAAAUCUUUGCAAGACAUAAUAGAGGGAGACGUGAUUGGUGCAGCGUACCAUUCUCUAGUCAAACAGCUUCAGAAUAGGAUCGAGAAUGUGAGGCUAUCCUCAACUCCAAAAAUAAGAAAAAGAAAGCAUCACUCUGGUUCUGACACAGACAAAGUCCCUCCUGAGAAGAGAGCAGCAGUCCAGGACACCUAUGGGUGCGUUAACUGGAAUGUGAAAUUCCUGCCCAUUGGAGAGACCCCAGAGAGCCAGCAAGAACAUCAAGAAAAGCUGAAGAUUAUGUUUCAGCAAACUGAUGUUAAUCCAGUUGAGGUCAAACGCCUGAUGAAGUUGACCUUUUACACACAACGUAAAAAAAUCAACCAGGGGCAGAAUAUCAAGAACCUCCUUGAAGAGUGGCCAUUUUUGUUUGAGGAGCAUGGCAUGGCAGUUCACUUUCAGGAACUAACUGGAGUUAGGCUGAAAGAAGUUUUCACACGUAAUCUGCAGGAAAAGGGGAAAAGGCUCCUCAAUUACAUGAACACAGUUUGUGUGAACAAGAGCAGAAAAUUCCAACAGGCUGUAACAAAGUAUCAAGUGAUGAGGGGAGAGGUGAGUGGUUGCUCUGAAGAUCUCAAAGACAUGCUGUUGCUUCUGCUGUCCUACUUUGAUGAGAAGGAAGAUGCCAUGAUCUGUUACGUGGAGGACACAUGCCUGGCAGGGGAAGCCCAGAUGGACCAAGUUCCCUUGACUCCCACCAUUGUUGUGUGCGAAAUCAAGCAAACUCUGAAGACCUCGUAUAACAAUAUGCUGACUUACAUCCCAUGUCUUCGGGAACUUGGAGUCAUCGUCGCACAGAUAAUGAGGAAGAGCGCGAAGAACAACUGAACGUCUUCCAUGGAUGUCAACUUGUUCCUUAAAUGAGAGAAAAUAAUCUUGCUUCAUUCUGGAUGAUAAACAA